AUGAUGAUAAUACAGAAGUUCUACCUUUUAUCGUUAUUAUGCUUAACGUGCUUAUGGACGGUAGUAAUAUGUCAGAAUAGUUUAAACAUUAUAAGAGAAUGGGUUCAGUUGGAGUUCGUUUAUCCUAAUGAAGAGGCUCGCAUCAGAGCUAUAACUAAUAAGUAUUUUGUUCCCGAGGCAUCAAUACCUAUUGAUGUCGAUGUAUAUUAUGGAUACGGGACACACGAUCCACGUAUCUUCAUAACAGUACCUCGAUUUAAUGUUGGUCGACCUAUAACUUUGGGUACGGUUUGUGAAGAUGGUCUCAUAUCAGGCUACCCAGACUACUCCUGGCAUGAUUACCAAGGAACAAAUUGUGAUGGACUCACCUCUGUUUUCGGGGUCGCAAUAGAUAGUUGUCAUCGACUAUGGGUUGUGGACACUGGCAAGAUUGGGACUCAACAGAAGUGCCAGCCGCAAGUUCUGGCAUUCGACUUAAGAACAGAUCAAUUAAUUUACCGCCACAGAGUGCCUUCAGAAAACUUUAUAGGAACGACAAGAUUUGCAAACCUAGUAGUGGAUGUAAGAGGUUCUGGUCCAAAUGACUGCGCUGAUACUUUUGUAUAUGUGGCUGACCUGUCAGGCUUUGGACUUCUAGUGGUAGACGUUGCAAGAGAUCGUUCUUGGAGAGUCAAUCAUCGAUAUUUCUUUCCAUAUCCUUCCCGCGGCAGUUUUACUAUCGAAGGUGAAAGUUUGGACAUCAUGGACGGUGUUCUGGGCAUGGCUCUAACACCAUAUAUUGAGGGAUGUGAUCGUUUGUUAUAUUUCCAUGCAUUGGCUUCAACUACCGAAAAUGUAGUGAGAACAAACUUAUUACGAAAUGAUUCAUUUAUUGAAAACCCAAACGCUAAUCCCACUUCUAUAAAUGUCUUCCAAGCAGAACGUCCGAGUCAAUCAGCGGCGGAAGCAAUGGAUGAUGAUGGCUUUUUAUAUUUCGGUCUCGUAGAAUCGCCCAGCAUGUGGUCCUGGAACACGUCCACAGAAUACUCUCCCCAUAAUUUUAAUGAAAUCGCAGUCAACGGAGAGUUAUUACCAUUCCCAUUCGGAGUGAAUGUUGUUAAAAAUCCUAAAGGUCAUCAAGAAUUGUGGGUCCUGACUUCGAACUUUCAUAGAGCGUAUUUGGGACAUCUUACAUCAGACAGAAUAAAUAUCAGACUUCAUGCUGGAAAAAUUCCGGCACUGUUGAGGAGUAGGAGACAUUACUAA